UGCUCAGGCUGAUGGCAUUUCAUGAGGUUGCUGGAAAGCCACGGAGGUUAAUGCCAAGCGCCAUUUGCCGGUUUGCAAUAAAGCGCUGUGUUUUCUCAGGAACCACUCCCCCCGGCACCCCACCUGUUGAAACUGUGUCGACCACCACUCGCCCGCCAAUAUCGACGACAGGCCCCACUCCCCCCGGUACCACGACUGUCCCUGUGUCGACCACAACUCUCCCGCCAGUCUCAACGACAGGUCCCAGCAGUACCACCAGUGGCACGACACCCUCCAGCAGCAGCACCCCGGGGACAACGCCUGUUACUCCUCCAACGACCACGUCCCCGACUACCCUGACUACUACCAGUGCAUCCACGCCCACGCCGACACACACCACCUCCCUGUCACCUCCGUCCUCGACAAGCGAAGGAACCACUCCCCCCGGCACCCCACCUGUUGAAACUGUGUCGACCACCACUCGCCCGCCAAUAUCGACGACAGGCCCCACUCCCCCCGGUACCACGACUGUCCCUGUGUCGACCACAACUCUCCCGCCAGUCUCAACGACAGGUCCCAGCAGUACCACCAGUGGCACGACACCCUCCAGCAGCAGCACCCCGGGGACAACGCCUGUUACUCCUCCAACGACCACGUCCCCGACUACCCUGACUACUACCAGUGCAUCCACGCCCACGCCGACACACACCACCUCCCUGUCACCUCCGUCCUCGACAAGCGAAGGAACCACUCCCCCCGGCACCCCACCUGUUGAAACUGUGUCGACCACCACUCGCCCGCCAAUAUCGACGACAGGCCCCACUCCCCCCGGUACCACGACUGUCCCUGUGUCGACCACAACUCUCCCGCCAGUCUCAACGACAGGUCCCAGCAGUACCACCAGUGGCACGACACCCUCCAGCAGCAGCACCCCGGGGACAACGCCUGUUACUCCUCCAACGACCACGUCCCCGACUACCCUGACUACUACCAGUGCAUCCACGCCCACGCCGACACACACCACCUCCCUGUCACCUCCGUCCUCGACAAGCGAAGGAACCACUCCCCCCGGCACCCCACCUGUUGAAACUGUGUCGACCACCACUCGCCCGCCAAUAUCGACGACAGGCCCCACUCCCCCCGGUACCACGACUGUCCCUGUGUCGACCACAACUCUCCCGCCAGUCUCAACGACAGGUCCCAGCAGUACCACCAGUGGCACGACACCCUCCAGCAGCAGCACCCCGGGGACAACGCCUGUUACUCCUCCAACGACCACGUCCCCGACUACCCUGACUACUACCAGUGCAUCCACGCCCACGCCGACACACACCACCUCCCUGUCACCUCCGUCCUCGACAAGCGAAGGAACCACUCCCCCCGGCACCCCACCUGUUGAAACUGUGUCGACCACCACUCGCCCGCCAAUAUCGACGACAGGCCCCACUCCCCCCGGUACCACGACUGUCCCUGUGUCGACCACAACUCUCCCGCCAGUCUCAACGACAGGUCCCAGCAGUACCACCAGUGGCACGACACCCUCCAGCAGCAGCACCCCGGGGACAACGCCUGUUACUCCUCCAACGACCACGUCCCCGACUACCCUGACUACUACCAGUGCAUCCACGCCCACGCCGACACACACCACCUCCCUGUCACCUCCGUCCUCGACAAGCGAAGGAACAACUCCCACCAAAUCUUUUACCACUACUUCAGGAACAACCUCUAUUCCUUUUACCAAUGUCACUUCAACCACCAUUACCACAUCUGCAAUUGUUCACCCUGGUUCAACUAGUACUUCUGGCACUACUCCAACAUCAAGUGCAGUCACUGUUCCCGGAAGUUCCGCAUACAGCACAGUUACUACACUCAGUACUUCAAGUGCAACUCCCAGUCCUGGCGCAAAUUGUACCAUUUCACCUAAUGAAACAUAUGCGCCAGGUGAGUCAUGGUGGCCGUGUAACUGCACUAAGGCGGUAUGUGUAGAAAACAAUACAGUCCAGCUGUUUCCAGUCAUCUGUGAGCCACCUCCUAAACCCACAUGUGCCAAUGGUCUUGCUCCUGUGCAAGUCCUUGAUGACGAUCAAUGCUGUUGGCAUUGGGAGUGUGAUUGCUACUGCACUGGCUGGGGAGACCCACACUACAUGACUUUUGAUGGAUUGUACUACAGCUAUCAAGGGAAUUGCACAUAUGUUCUUGUGGAAGAGAUUAAUAAAACAGUCGACAACUUUGGUGUCUACAUUGAUAACUACCAUUGUGAUGCACGGGAUGUAGUCUCAUGUCCACGAACACUCAUUGUGAGACAUGAGACUCAGGAAGUGCGCAUAGCAACAGUAGAACUAAAUACCCUACAAGUAGAGGUGACUGUAAACAAACAGACAGUGGCUUUGCCUUAUAAAAAAUUUGGAGUGAGCAUCUAUGAGUCAGGCAUAAAUCGUGUAGUGGAAAUUCCUGAGCUUAAAAUGAAUGUGUCCUACAAUGGCUUGUCCUUUUCUAUCAGAAUGCCCUACAGCCUGUUUGGCAACAACACUCAAGGACAGUGUGGUACUUGCAAUAACAACACAGCAGAUGACUGCAGGUUACCGAAUGGAAACAUUGCAGAAAACUGUGAAACCAUGGCAGAUCAUUGGCAAGUUGUUGAUCCUUCCAAACCACAAUGCUCUCCAGGCCUAAUUCCUACAAAAUCACCCGGCACAACCACAGGACAGCCUUGCAAAGAAUCUUCCAUCUGCAAGCUUAUUUUGGGAAGGGUGUUCGAGAAGUGCCAUGCAGUUGUUAACCCUGAUAGGUUCUAUGCAGCCUGUGUUUUUGAUAGUUGUGCACUUCCCAGCUUAGACCUGGAAUGCUCAAGUCUGCAGAUCUAUGCUGCCAUCUGCGCUGAUCAAAAUGUCUGCAUUGACUGGAGAAGUCAUACCAAUGGUGUUUGCUCUUAUGAAUGUCCCAAACAUAAAGAAUAUAGAGCAUGUGGUCCUAGUAAAGAGAUAACCUGCAAAUCAAGUCAGCAGAAUGAAACUGCAGUUAAACAAGUGGAAGGCUGUUUCUGUCCUAAUGGUACAAUGCUGUAUGACUCUGGUGUGGAUGUCUGUGUAAACACCUGCGGCUGUGUUGGAUUGGAUAUGAUACCAAGAGAGUUUGGGGAAAGGUUUACAGCAGACUGUCAGGACUGUAUUUGCCUGGAAGGCGGAAGUGGCAUUGUAUGUGAGCCUCACAAAUGUCCCAGUCAAAAUAAGCGGAGUUGUAAUGGAAACGGCUUCUAUGAGGUCAAUGAAGUCAAUCCUGAAGACUCCUGCUGCCCCAUUGUCACCUGCAAAUGCAAUACAAGCUUGUGCACAACUGAACACCCCAAGUGUACACUGGGAUUUGAAGUUUAUUCUCAUAUUCCCAGUGAUCAGUGCUGUCCUGUGUACGAGUGUGUUCCCAAGAGGGUUUGUGUACAUCAGAAUGCUGAGUUCUUGCCUAAUUCCUCAGUCUUUGUUGAUAAGUGUCAGAAUUGCUUCUGCACUAACGAAGUUAACGUCAGCACUCAACUGAAUGUCAUCUCCUGUGAACACGUUCCAUGUGACACAUAUUGUGAACCUGGAUAUGAACGGCAAUCAGUGAAAGGUGAAUGUUGUGGAAAAUGUGUGCAGACUAAGUGUAUUAUACAUGCAUCACACAGUUCCAACCUCAUAUUGAGUCCUGGAGAGUUUGUAAAAGAUCCUUAUGACAACUGCACCAUUUAUAGUUGUACAAGUCUCCACAACCAGCUUAUCUCUUCCACAUCUGAGAUUACCUGUCCAGCAUUCAGUGCGGAGAGCUGCAAACCUGGAACUAUUACAUUCUUACCUAACGGUUGUUGCAAAACCUGUAUACCUCUGGAUAGUCCCACACCGUGCUCUGUCCGUGAAAGGGAAGACUUUAUUGUCUAUAAGAACUGCCGUUCUGUGGAGAGAGUUGUCAUGACUGAAUGUGAAGGAACAUGUGGAACUUUCUCACUAUACUCUGUUGAGGCCAAUUCUUUGGAGCACAGCUGUUCCUGCUGCAGGGAAGCAAAAACUAGCACGAGGGAAGUGGAACUGAAAUGCCCGUCUGGGCACUCGAUUCAACAUAAGUAUGUAUAUGUGGAAAGCUGCAGCUGCCAGGACACUCAUUGCAACAUCCCACAAUCCAGUGAGCCUCUGAGCAUAGAAGAAAAUCACGAGAGCACUCCAACUGCAUCGGAAGGGCCAUCAGUUUAACAACAAAAUGAAAGCGAAGAAACCUAACUGAAUUCAAAGGGACUCUGCACUGCUCUCAUCUUCCUUGACUACUUUUAAACUUUGCUUUUCCCAGUUACUAUAUUCUAUGUGUUCUCUGACUAUUUUUAACAGUGCUCUAUUUAUUUGUGUACAAAAGUACAGUGAACUUUCUCCUAAGUGCAUAGCCCUCUGGAUUGUUUUAUAAUCAGCUUAUUUUCUCUGAAUGAUUAAAAAUGCAUUUCAAACAA